UUUGUGAUUCGGCUAGGUUAUAAUCCAAUUACAUUAUGUGCACAGCUUGAGUAAUUCAUUAAAAGCAAACACAUAAAAUAAAAUAAAAAUACUUAAAAUGUUAUAUAAAUAUGUAUAUAAAAGAUAAAACUAUAUAAAAAAAAAACAUAUUUUUAAUCAUAUUCUACAAAAUAGAAAACAAGUUCUUCCUAAAGAGUAAAGAUUGCAAAAAUAUAUAGAUAUUUGUUUGUUUUUUAAAUAGACAUUUAUUAAGACAUACACAUCUGAAUGGUCAUAAGAUAUUAUUACUUAUGAUAACGUAAUUGUCGUUCGUUCGUUUCGGAAACUGGCAACUCACUGUAUUGUUCAAUCUCGUAAUCUCAGUAUGACUGUACAGCAAUGACCCGACGAUUCUUAUAUACUUAGAUGACAUAUUAUUUAUAAUUGCAUACGCUGUGUAAAACACGCUUGUGUGGAUGUUCCAGUAAAUUGACAUUGACCGAUAACCCCUUGUCACUAUGUACCAGGUUUCAUGUGUUAUCCUAAUCAUAUUGUGUCACACUGAAGCUUGUGAUAAACCCGGAACUAUGUCAAGCUAAACCGCGGGAGAAGCAUUGCCUCAUCGAAUGGAUGGCGCGGCAUCGGUGGCCACAUACUAUAAGGGUAUUCAAACGUUUUCGAGAGGUCAACCCCGAAUUGGUUCCGAAGAGAAUGACGGAAAACCAAGCGCACACAAUAGCUGUACCUGUAGAAGAAAUAGAAAAACUCCCAGAACUAAAAGAGAACCCAUUCAAGCGUCGCAUUUGUCAAGUGUUCUCCCACGAUGGUUCUGGCAACUUGACUUUUGAAGAUUUCUUGGAUAUGAUGUCCGUGUUCAGCGAAGCAGCACCACGGGACAUCAAAGCUUGGUACGCCUUCCGUAUAUAUGAUCUGGACGACGACAUGUAUAUAGGACGUGAGGACUUGUUGGAAGCGACUCGUUUGCUCACCAAAGGCGAGUUACACCCACAGGAACGUGACGACAUAGUAGCUAGCGUGCUCGACGAGGCCGACGUCGACGGCGACGGGCGACUGUCCUUUAUGGACUUCGAACAUGUCGUAGUUCGUGCACCGGACUUCCUGUCCACUUUUCAUAUCCGCGUAUAAUGUAACUGAAGCAAGAAAGAAGAGAAAGGAAUGAAACCUUAUUUUUAUUAUAAAACACUCUAUGUUUUGAGAAUUAAUAAAAGAAAAAAUAUUUUUUUCCCGAAAUACGCAGAAUGUCGGAUACGCCAAAUGUAGAAUUCCGUUUCGAUUUAUUUGCGAUAGGUAACGGAAUGCAAAAAAUUAAUGACCUGCCGCAGUAUCAUCGUCAUUGUUCACAUCUUGUCGUCAACAACUCUGAAUGGCAAACAAAACUGAAGACUGUUGGUAUAUAUAUUUUUUUAUGGAUAACAAUGGAGUGGUAACCCUGCCUGCGGUAACAGUAUACGCUGGCGAGGCACCAAUAACUGUUGAUAGGUGAGAAGCAUAGGCAAGUCAGUUAGCUUAUUGUUAUGAAUACAUAAGGAAUUCAGCAUGAUGAUUUCCAGCGAUGACCAUAUGAAGGUCGACCUGACAGGGUAUAUUGCUAGCAAUGGGACUGGUAGUCGGCAUUACUAACAAUCCUUUUCCCCUGAUGGAAAAUGGUACAUACAGUACAAUCAUAAAUAUGAACAGCACCAUGGACACCACAGAUAACACCAUCACUCUAUAGUAUCCCUCAUAUGUUGCUAUUUCUAAAGACUAAAGAGUUAUGCCUUCGUACCCUGUAAUUUCCCUGAUCACUAUUCAAACCGAAACAUAACCUUGAAGGCACAGCAACAAACAUGGAAGUGUGAAAGAAUGAGAUGUGAGUACCCAGACUUACUCUCUUUAAACAUUCCUCGACACCAAAAAUCUCCCUCAAUUCUUAUUCUUAUGCAAUAAAAACUACCAAAAUGCCAAAUACUACUAUUAACAUUUGACAUUUUCGUAGUUUUUAUUAUAUUUGGUAGGGUAUAAAUACUGUAUGUGUAUAUACCUUUUUUUUUUAUAUGACUUAGAAUGACAAACAAGCUGACGGCCCACCUGAUGGAAAGUGGUAACUGUCGCCUAUAGACAUGAGCAGUACCAUGGACAUAACAGUACACACACAUACUGUUUCGCCCAUGAUACCCCCAUAUGUUGCCAUUCCUACUGAUAUCAAAAAACACAGGUUAUUCGUAAAAAUUAAAACCUCCACUAUACCAAUUAUAACUAUUAUAGUACUGUGUUAAUUUCUUUUAAAUUAGGAAUUUAGUGCGAAAGAAAAAAAAAAAAGAAAAAACUAAAAAAUAUUUUAUUUUUAAAUGACUGAGAAUGGCUUCGUAACUACGCUAGUGCUGUCGCUGGUGCUGUCAAGAUGAAAACAGGUCAUUUAGCCCAUCGUGACAAAUUCCAUAAGAAUUAAAUAUAACGGUUUCCAGGGGGAACCGAGCGGAAGUCGACGUGAUAAGGUACAUUGCUAACAAUGGGGCUGUUAGACCCUAUUACUAACAAUCCCUUUCCCCUCAAAUAUCUCAUUAGCUAAAAUAAGUUUAUGAGACGUUUAACAUUUUUAUGAAUAAAGAAAUAUUUUUUUA